GUGCCUGUUGCGGCUAGCAGACGUUGCGUCCCGCCGCGCGAGGAGAGAGACAGAGCGAUACGGCACCGAGGCAGUGCGACGGAGAGCGAGCACAGUCGCCCGAAAGACGCGCGCGCUCGCGUUUCGUGUGCUUUUCACAAGUUUCUGUUGUUUUCCUCGACUUGUGUGCGUGUGAGCGGACGUGAGAGAGUGUGAGUGCGUGUGGAUAAGCUACAACUUUGGUGGCUGUGAUUGUGUGGACAUCGUUCAGGAACUUUUUGGAUUACGCAUCUUCCCAGACUACCGACAGAGGUGUCUCUUUGACACGAUCCCAGUCCAACGCGGAGCAUGGCAAGCUCAACUUCGCAGGGUGCUCCGUCUGAGGCCCUCCAGAACGGGGUCGCCGCGAUGGAGCACAAGUGCACAGUCUGUGCCGCCGCCUUCCCCUCGCCGUCCGAGCUGGCCGCACACGUCCGAAGCUCGUCGGCCGAGAGGCGAUUCCAGUGCUGCGUCUGCAGCAAGACGUUCUGCUGGAAAAGCAUCCUCACGGCUCACCAGAGGAUCCACACGGGGGAGAAGCCAUUCGAAUGCAACGUUUGCGGCCAAAAGUUCAACCAGAAAAGCAUCCUCAAAAUGCAUCUUGUAACCCACUCAGAAGAGAGGCCUUUCGCGUGCCUAGUUUGCAAUAAGAGGGCCAAGACUAGAGGGGCGAUAAGAUUUCAUAUGAGAACACAUUUAGAGGAAAGGUCUUUUGAAUGCGCAGAAUGUAAUAAGAGGUUUAAGGAUGAUAAAGCGCUCAAAAGUCACCAAGAAACCCAUACUGGGGAACGGGAUAAGCCUUUCGAGUGCACAGUUUGCAAAAAGAAGUUCGUCCAAGCUGCUGGUCUCGAGGUUCAUUUUCGAACCCACACAGGAGAGAAGCCUUUCGAGUGCACGGUUUGCAAAAGAAAGUUUGCCGAUAAAGGAUAUCUCAGAGAACACUCUCUAGUUCAUUCAGAGGAGGAACCUACUUUUGAGUGCCCAAUUUGCAAUAAGAAGUUUUUGUCCACAUCCCGUCUUAGAAAUCAUUUCAAAACUCAUACAGGAGAGAGAAAUUACGAGUGCACGGUUUGCAACAAGAAGUUCAGAAAUGAGCAGCAUCUUGUAGUUCAUCUUCGCAUUCAUACUGGGGAGAAGCCUUACGAGUGCGAAGUUUGCCAUAAGAAUUUUGCCUAUACUCGUAGUCUCACAGAUCAUCUUCGCGUCCAUACUGGUGAGAAGCCCUUUGAAUGCAAAGUCUGCAAUCAGAAGUUCCGAACUAAGUCAAACCUUAGAUCUCAUGGUUGGUGUCAUGCCGGUGAGAAAUCUUUUGAGUGCUCUGUUUGCAAUAAGAAGUAUCGUAAUGGAAAUGAACUCAGAUAUCAUGUUCGUAGCCAUAUAGGGGAGAAGCCUUUUGAGUGCACAGUUUGCGGUAUGAAGUUGACUAAGGCCAGUGGUCUCAGAAAUCAUCUUCGAACCCAUACUGGGGAGAAACCUUUCAAAUGCACGAUUUGCAAUAAAAAAUACAGACACGAAAAGAGUCUUCAUACUCAUGCCAUGGUUCACACAGGUGAGAAGCCUUUCGAAUGCACGGUUUGCAAAAAUAAAUUUAGUACGGGAGCCUAUCUUCGACUUCAUCUUCGAACCCAUACUGGAGAGAAACCUUUCAACUGCACGAUUUGCAAUAAAAAAUACCGUAAGGAAGAAAGUCUUCAAGCUCAUGUCAUGACUCACACAGGUGAGAAGCCUUUCGAGUGCACGGUUUGCAAUAAGAGAUUUAGUAUGGGGCAUUAUCUUCGACUUCAUGUUCGAACUCAUGUAGGGAAGACACUUUUGGAGCCAGCACAGAGUGCAUUAGUACCUGAAAUUUAAGACUCUAGUGGAAACCUGAGAGUACACCUUGGUAUACCUUGUGAGUGGCUGAAAGCCCAAGGCUUUGCCGUUAAAAUAAAUUUGUUUCUUCAUUUGGAAGUUGAAGAAAGAUCUUUGCUGUUGGCUAGCUGAGGUGCUCUUACUGAUGUAGUUUAAUUUGUCAUAUGUUAAACCUUCUGAACUAAUGUUGUAAACCAAUCUUUAUGUAAAUUUGCAUGUCUGUCAACAUUUUAUUCAAUAAAUAAUGUAUAGUAAAUAAUGUGAAAUAUUGCCGGUCGUCGCUAACUAACACCUCAUUAUUCCUUCCUCCACGAUUUGCCCAACGCCUCCCGCUGUCUGGCCGACGCCCUGGCGGUCCGCGGUCCACACGGUCCAGUGGCAAGGGCCCCGUCCGGCCUCAUUAAUUGGCAUAUUGUUUGUAAACGCAUUGAGAGGGCGGGGCGGGGCGGGGCGGCCUUGCUGGAGGUCGCCUGUUUCGUUUCCUCGUGCUUCUGGGUAUCACGACUGUCCAGAUGCCGACCAGGGGCGUAGCGCCACAGUUUAGCCGCGUGCACACACACACACACACACACACACACACAGCCUCCGCUCCCAGGCCCAGCACUAUCCGCGUGCUGCCACGCCCUGUCUCGAAAAAGAAAAAUACUUUCAGCGCGUAGAGCGAACCCAGAUCGCCGAAUGGCGAGUCGGAUGAACGAGUACUAAACCCUCCGCCCGGUACUAUUCGCGCGCCCUGCGCAGGCCACUGCUGCCAACAAGACACCUCUUUUCUUUUCCAUUUCAUAAAUGCGGCAGGAACGGUCACUUUUCGGAACGCGGUCAGCACGGGCGGCGACACCCGAUCCGCCCCACCUGUCUGACAGUGUCUGCCUCGCAGCGCAAAUCAGCGACUAUCCGGAAGCACCACGCCGCCGCACUAGAAACAGCAAGAAAGUGUCGCGUUGCGCUGAGCGGGCCGACUGGACUUGUGCGGUGCACCGGUACCCGAAGGCACCCGAAGGUACCCGAAGGCAGUCGAAGCCAGCCGAGGGCAAACGAAGCGAGGCAAGCCCGGCGCGUGCCUGUUGCCGCCAUUCAUGGGAA